AGAGCAGUGACACUCCUGGACAGGAUCUUCAGGCUGGAGAAGGGCACGGCGAGGACGGCAGGGGACCCUGAGCAGGGCAGGCAGGGCCUGGACGUGCCCAACGGGAGCAUCGCGGCCCACGGGGAACCGCUGCGUGAGGAGAUAGAUGAGUGCAGGCAGAAGGAGCUUGGGCAGGACUCUGCAGGUGAACAAGACCUGGCUGCACCUGGCAGGGCACAGGCAGAGCAGCACAGUCCCCAGGCAGCUGCAGGACAGGGCUCAGUCAUGAGCUUCCUCAAAACUCUGGUCUCCCCAAGCAAAGCUGACGCCAAAAGUGAUUCUGAAGACAAGGGCUCCAAGGCGGAGAAGGGCGCUGGGGGACAGCCCGGCCCGAAGGCAGCACCAGGAUCCCCCUCCAAAGGAGCCAAGAAAAAGAAGGCAGAGAGCCCCAAGCUGGGCCACGGCACCUUUAGCAAACUCUUUAGGCACAAGGCUGCGAAAGAAACCCAGCAGACAGCCAACACCAAAAAGCAGAGGCCGUGAGCAAUGAGAAGGCAGAGGUGGCUCUGGAGGCCGUGGCUCCCGACAGGGACGAGAGCAAGGGCACAGAAAGCACCGAGGUGAAACCGCGAGGGGCAGAGAGCAAAACGCCCAAGGCAAACCUGAGGAAGUUCUUCAAGCUGGGCUCCAAAAGGAUGUCGGAUGCCGAAGUGCAGACGGAUCCCGUGUCCAUCCUCCCCGCUGGCAAAUCCAAGUAGUGCCCAGCCCUGGCUGCUCAGGGAGGCUCAGCAGCUCUCUGGGAGCUCCAGGAAUGACUCCUUUCCUUUCUGGCAGCAGGAAUGACUGACUCCUUUUCCCUCCCACGGCUGUCACAAACACCCGGGGCUGAAGCAAACACUGGGCACCAUCACAGGCUGUCACUGGCAGGGUUUGUUUGUUCCUCACCUGUAGAAAGCAGCUGUACAGAUCCCCAUGAAAUGUGUGUAAGGUAAGGUGCUGUGGAUGGUUGGAGGUGUGGGUAAGGCAGGUACGAGGGUGGCAGAGAAUUCAAGAAAUGGCAGGAAAAGCAAGCAGGUGGCAGAGGAGGGCAGCGAGGCACGGGCAGGGAAUCCUCCGCUUCAGAGAGCUUGAGAGCAGCCAGGAAAACACAAAUCCCUGCAGAAAUGUCCUGCUUUGGUGCAACCACAGCCCAGUCACUUCUGGGGGGUUUGGAUGGAGCUGGGAUUGGAGCUGAGCCCCUCAGCCCGGCAGAGCCCGUGGUGACCGAGCCCUGCUUGCUGCUGGUUAUUAAUGUAAAUUAAAACGCUAAAAUGCAAAGGCUUGGCGGGAUCGGGCAGCUCCUGUCCCGGCCGGGCGGGGUGGGAUAACAAAUUAAAAGCUAUUUAAGGUUCUAAUAGGACACAAGAGGGCAGCCACGUCCCCUAACGCCGGGCUGUGCCUGCCAGCCCGGAAUUAAUGUUCCUUAGAUCAUAGGAAACUUAGCUGUUCAUCCUGAUGUUUGUUUAUAUCCAUACUUGUAAUUAAUCCUAAUAAAAACCAAAAUCAAAGCUGCCCAGGCAGCUCUCUGCUUCACAAGACUCCUGUAAUAACUGUAGUUAAUAAAUUUUACAGAAAAUAAAGAUUUCUGUUCGUUCAAGCCUAGCCUGUACAGGGAACCAGGGGCCUGACGUUUUAAUCCACACUGAUUUUAAUGAUGCAAUACUGUAUAUUUUGACAUCCUUAUCUUUAAAUAAACUAAUACUCAUCAUUUGAAACAAAAAACCA